AUGAAAGGCUAUGCAUUAAUUUAGUGUUCAAGACACCCGUUGCGGUUGUUCUAAAACUUUUAAGAGACCAAUUUUGUAUUGCAACUGGAGUCAUCUUCACUCUUUCUUCCCCAUUAUAUAUAACUUUCUUGACUGUGUGUUCUUGGUGUUAGUGUGUGUUUUUUAAAUUUAUUCUUUCUUUAAAAGCCAACCCUUUUGUUCAAGUGAUAGUGUUUCUUGUUUCCCUCUUAAAUUUUGUGUUUUGAAGUUUGAAUCAAAGGUUUUGAUUCUGAAAAUCCUUCAAAGUUGGUAACUUUUGCUUUUUUGAACAUAGGGUUUCAGUCUUUACCAUUUUUUCUGCUUUUUCAGUUGAAUUAGAUGGGAUAAACACAAACAAACAAAAACACAGAAUACCCAUCUUUCUUUUUUUCCUCUAUCAAUCAUCAGUUAAUUCAAAACAUCUUAAAGUUUCAAGCUUGAUGCAUAUUUCACUCUGGAAACCCAUCAUCUCCCACUGUUCUUUUUUAGUAAAGAACAGAAAGAAAGAUGGGUCUGUUCUUAGAAGAUUACAAGAAGAUAUACUCAAAGAAGCUCUUGAACAAGCAUCUGAAGAUGGGUGUCUUAUCAAAUCCCAAAACAUGGAUUCUGAAGAGAGCAUAGAUAUUCAAGAUAAGAGCUUGGGGAGAUCAAGAUCACUUGCUAGAUUACAGGCUCAGAAAGAGUUCUUAAAAGCUACAUCUCUUGCUGCUGAUAGGACAUUUGAGGUUCAAGAUUCUGUUCCUGACUUUGAUGAAGCUUUUUCAAAGUUCUUGAAGAUGUACCCAAAGUAUAAAUCAUCAGAAAAGAUUGAUGAAUUAAGGGUUGAAGAGUAUUCUCACUUGGCUGAAAGUGUUUCAAAGGUAUGUCUUGAUUAUUGUGGAUUUGGGUUGUUUUCAUUUCUUCAAACUGUUAAUUAUUGGGAGUCUUCAACAAUUGGUUUAUCUGAAAUAACUGCAAAUUUGAGUAAUCAUGCUCUUUAUGGUGGUGGAGAAGUAGGCACUGUUGAACAUGAUAUUAAAACUAGGAUUAUGGAUUAUUUAAACAUCCCUGAGAAUGAAUAUGGUCUAGUUUUCACUGUUAGUAGAGGGUCUGCUUUUAAGCUUCUAGCCGAAUCGUACCCGUUUCAUUCGAAUAAGAAGCUGUUAACGAUGUUCGAUCACGAGAGCCAGUCGGUUACUUGGAUGGCUCAGCGGGCGAAAGAAAAGGGGGCAAAAGUUCAUAGUGCAUGGUUUAAGUGGCCUACGCUUAACCCGUGCUCGACACACCUUCGAAAGUUGAUUUCAAACAAGAAAAAGCGAAAGAAAGAUUCUGCCACCGGGCUUUUCGUGUUUCCUGUUCAAUCUAGAGUUACGGGUGCUAAGUAUUCGUAUCAGUGGAUGGCGAUGGCCCAACAAAACAACUGGCAUGUGUUGCUUGAUGCAGGGGCGUUGGGUCCAAAAGAUAUGGAUUCACUCGGGUUAUCUUUGUUUCGGCCCGAUUUUAUCAUCACCUCAUUUUAUAGAGUUUUUGGUUUUGACCCGACUGGAUUCGGGUGUCUUCUUAUUAAGAAAUCAGUGAUCGGAAGCCUGCAUAACCAAUCGGGCCAUGUGGGUUCGGGCAUUGUGAAGAUCAGCCCGGUUUUUCCUCUGUACGCUGGUGAUUCCAUUGAUGGGAUCCCGGGGUUUUCUGGGAUUGAAGAUGUUGAAGUUAGUGGAAAAGGAAACGGGUUAUCGGAAAACCAACCCGGAGCUCAGUUGCCGGCGUUUUCCGGUGCGUUUACUGCUUCUCAGGUAAGGGAUGUAUUUGAUACCAAAUUGGAUCAUGGUAACGGGUCGGAUAAAGACGGUAGCAGCUCCAUUUUCGAAGAAACGAGCAGUUUUUCAGUUGGGGAGGUUAUGAAAAGUCCUGUUUUUAGUGAAGACGAAUCAUCCGACAAUUCGUUAUGGAUUAAUUUGGGGCAGAGCCCGGCUGAAUCGCAAUCCCAUUUAUCCAAAGUCUUGUCUUUUACUAAAGCAGCCAAGAUUGUCGAUAAAGAAACUUUCGACAACGAGAGGCGUGCGGAGAGUCGGGAGAUACAAGAAGAGUGUGAAGGUAACACGUCAAACGGGAACGAGAGUGCGGUUUUACAAAGAGAAACCGAAGGUGAUUUCAGAUUACUCAGGGGACGGGAAGAGAAUAAACGCGUAUCAUUCGGUUUUGAAGAAAACGAAGAUUUUACGUUUUCACAACCUUUGGAACACAUGGAAGAUGAUUAUUAUGAAGGGUUAGAAUUAGAUUCUGAUAGAAGGGAACCUGAGAUAUCCUGCAGGCAUAUUGAUCACAUAAACAUGUUGGGUCUCAAUAAGACCACACUCAGGCUGCGGUUUUUGAUCAACUGGCUCGUGACUUCGUUGCUUCAGUUAAGAUUACCUGGUUCAAACGGUUCGGUCCCACUUGUUCACAUAUACGGUCCCAAAAUAAAAUAUGAAAGGGGCGCGUCUGUGGCAUUUAAUGUUAGAAACAGAAACCGCGGUUUAUUCAGUCCUGAAAUUGUUCAAAAGUUAGCCGAAACAAACGGGAUUUCUCUUGGUGUGGGGAUUCUUAGUCAUGUAAAGAUCGUACAAAACCAUGGGGCGAUGGAUCUUGCAGACACGACGCUAUGCAGACCGAUGGAUGGUGAGAAGCACGAUGGACGUGGGUUGGUGAGAGCCGAGGUUGUGACUGCUUCUCUAGGCUUCUUGACUAACUUUGAUGAUGUGUAUAAGUUAUGGGUUUUUAUUGCGCGAUUCCUUAAUCCGUCAUUUAUCAAAGAGUGUGGACUCUCGACUGUUGUUGAAGACGAAGGCGAAGAACACCAACGCUAAGAUUCGUGCAUGAAAAACAACCUGUUUUGCGCGCGAAUCUUGGUGCUUGUGUUUGUAUGUGUGAUGUGAAAGUUGGGGCUUGCUUGGUUAGGAUUGAGAGUUAGCUUAGAAGCUUUGUUCAUUGAGUUUAAACAGAAUAUGAUAUAUGAUGUAUUUGUAUAAAUACUAUUUUCUUUGCUUUAAAGGGAUGCAGUUGACUUUGCUUUGCUUGUGGAUGUACUUUACUUUUGUUUGUCAA